AUGCUACUCAACGGACACAAACUCAUUGGGAACCUCACUGGAGCAAAACCUGCUCCGCCAUCCACCAUCACUCAUAAUGAUACCACUAUAAAAAAUCCUGAAUUUGAAAUGUGGUUCUGCCAGGAUCAACUGAUCCAACAGGCAAUGAUGGCAUCAGUCGAUCUUACCAUUACUCCCAUGGUUGCAACGGCUUCCUCGGCUAAACUGGCCUGGGAACUCCUUCAUACGGCGUAUGCCAACAGGAGUCACACUCGCAUCUUCAGCCUGCGAGAUCAGUUGCAAAAUUUGAAAAAGGCCAACAGGUCUGUUGCUAAUUACUUACAAGAAAUUAGAUCAAUUGCUGAUGCUCUCAAAGUAGCUGGUUCACCAGUAGCUGAUGAAGAACUCGCUGUCAAGAUCUUGAGUGGCUUGGGUCCUGAGUAUCGUGAGAUCUCUGCCGCCAUAAGAGCACGAGAUACAACCUUAAGCUCUGAUACCAUAAAGAGAUUGAGAAUUAAAAGAAAACUUGAAUGA